CGCGAUACUAGUGUGUCCGUGCCAUGCAGAACCACAGCGACUCCAGUUUAAACUCCACCAGCUGGACUACAGCUAACCUGGUCAGCAGUGGCCUGAUGGGUCUUUGCUUCAUGAUUGGAGUUCCUGGUAAUAUUGCAGUAAUUUUUUUCAUACUUCGUCGUUUCAAAAAGGACAAUUUCACCGUUCAUCUAAUGCUGAAUCUGGCAGCUGCGGACAUCUUGUGUUUGAUAACCCUGCCUGUGUGGAUCUACAGUGACCUAAAGAGCACUGACCAAGUAACCUGCAAGUUCUUCACAGCACUCGUAUACUGCAGCGCAUACUCAAGUGUGAUAACAGUAACUAUGCUGAGUGUGUAUCGCUGUUUACGGAUUCGACAUCCACAGUUGUGGUCCAGAAUGAGCAAGAGACGAGAGAGAGCGCUGCUGAUCAGCGGCUGGGUUCUGGCGCUGCUUUUCUCUUGUCCUGGUGUACUUACACAAGAGAUCGUUCAAGGUGAAUCCAAAAUGGUGUGUGAAAGAAACCUGAAAUCAGAAGCCAGACUUAUUGUUGCUCUACUGGAGUCACUGCUUGGAUUUUUUCUUCCUUUCACAAUCAUGUUGACUUCAUAUUACUGCUUAUACAAAACAGCCACGCAGGGAGCGUUCAGACACAGACACAGACCGACUAAACUUGUCACACGGAUUGUCAUAGUUUUCUUCAUUUUUUGGGCUCCACACCAAAUAAUAAAAUUAGAGGAAAUUUGUGCAGCAUUUUCAGGAUCAGAGCCAGUUCUAUCUUUCAUUGGUGACAUUGCUGGAAGUCUUACAUUUAUCAACAGUUGUGUGAAUCCAUUCCUGUAUGCGUUUUCCUCGAAGAGUUUACAUAAACGCACACAGCCAGUGGAACCUGGAGUAACUAACGGCUCACUGCAUUUUCAGAGGGAUCAUUCCAUUGCUGUGAGCAGCUCACUAGUUAAGCCUAACACCAUGGACUAAAAAUAUCUGUCAUAUCAACAUAUGCAGUAGAAACUGGACAAUGAUAGGAGCACCUUUUAAAAAUGCAUUUGGAUGAAUUUCAGAUAACUAAAUACAUAGCACUUUUGAAUGAUAAUUUGAUGAGUUUACUUUAAUGUAUCUCUGAUGCACUGAGAAGAGAUCUAGGCAGAUGUAAAAUUAUAUUUUAUUAAAACCAAUGAUCAUAAGUAUAAGUGAUAAUGAUUACAGAUGAUUAUAUGUAAAAUAUGAAAACUAUAAAUGGACAAUAUCCAAACUGAAUAUAUUCUGCUAAAAUUCCAAGGGAAUAGACUAAAGUCUGAGUAGUAAUCUUCAAGAGCUAAAGAGAUGAAGAUCUUCAAAGCAUGCAAUAAGAGUAAAGGGUAAAGAAGCAAUAUACAGUAUAGAUUUUAGACUUACAUCCUCUUACAGCAUCAUGGAAUGUUUACAUUCCACUUUACACUAAGGUGAAUUUAGUUCAGGACUAGGUCAUCUAUAGGUAGAAGAUAAAAUGGAGACAUGGGUUGUAGUUUUACAUCCUUGUGAUACUGCGAGAUACUGUGAGAACCUCCAAGCAGUAUCUGUUUUCUAGAAGAAACAACAGACUUAAGCAAUCUUCUUGCAAAUAACAACUCUUGGAAAAGAACAGCAUCAAAAAAAAAAAGAGAGACAAAUUAAGCAAACAUCCUUGCAUAUAAUUUAUUUUUUUUCACUUAAUCUUAACAAAAUGUAUAUGAGUAACAUAAUACAGUAAUAUGAAUAUAAUGUAAUAAAACCAUAAAUGAAUAAGUCAUAAUGAAUAUACUGUAUGAAUGAAUAUGAAAAAUAAGAAAACAUAACCAUAUUGGAAAUUGUGAUACACUAAUCUCUAAUUGCAUCUGAUAACCACUGUAAUGCAAAAUCGAUUAUCUUUAUGAAUUACAUUAUCACUUUGAACUACAGUGCAUAAAUGAAAGCAUUGUUUAAUUGCAUGCUGCUAGCAUUUAGUACUGUACAAGCUAAUGACAGUACAGUAGCUUGCUCACCUGUAAGCCUUGUGUACAAUAAUGUUGAAAAAAGUACCUAUUAAUUACCUAUUAUUAUAAAGAACACUAUUUUAAAAACAGCUGAGCUGUUGUCAUGAGUUGAACAGUAUCAGCUGAAUUGCUGUUUCUGUAUGUUUUUAUACAUUGUUCCUGUUUCCAAUCAGACCACAUGUUAUUUCUGAGAAGACAGUGAAUAAGACAGUUUUUUCAAAGACUGAAAGGGUUUGUGAUUAUUAAUAAAGGCUGUCAC